AUGGCGGGAGCUGCCAUUGCCACUGUAUCGACCCAGCUACCCUUCAAUUCCUCUAAUUAUGUAUUUCCGCUCCACAAACGUCUCCAAUCAAUCCAACUUCCUUCUUCAAUUCCUUCCCAUCCCCACAAAAUCACACAUCUACUGCUUUGCCAAGCCAAGACAAACGCAGAGUCGGGGGAUUUGAAUGAAGUAAGUUUUGGAGGGAGUGAAGUGAUGGAGGAAUAUGACAUUGAUGACGAUGAAGAAGAAGAGGAUAACACGGAGAGCAGCGUUGAUUUGCUAUUAAAGUUGCUUCACAGCAUGUUCAAGAAAGUCUCAAAGCAAGUUCGGAAAGCUUCCCGGAGCGUAUCAUUUGCAGUUGAUGGGGUUCUGCUCUUGGCUUCACUUUCUGUUUUGAAAGCGCUUCUUGAGGUGGUCUGCACACUUGGUGGAACUGUCUUUGGGGUAAUCUUGCUGUUGCGGGUUAUCUGGUCUGCCGUCUCAUACUUUCAAUCCAGUGCGAAUGGUCCUCACCACCCUCGGUCUUCUUACGGCAGACCACAGCCAAUAACCUAA